AAACAGCCGCAGAGGAUGCAGGAAAUACUUGUUGAAAAGUACAAGGGAGUGUUGGUGUCUCAAGCGAAGCAAACAAUAAUCCCUUGGUAUGAUGAGGAUCAGUUUGAUAACUUGGACAAGCAUACACAGUGGGGCAUUGACUUCUUGGAGAAAUACGCAAAAUUUGUAAAGGAAAGGAUAGAAAUUGAGCAAAACUAUGCAAAACAACUGAGAAAUCUGGUUAAGAAGUACUGUCCUAAACGCUCACCAAAAGAUGAGGAGCCCAGGUUUACUUCGUGUAUUGCCUUUUUUAAUAUCCUCAAUGAGUUGAACGACUAUGCCGGACAGCGAGAAGUAGUUGCAGAGGAAAUGGGACACAGAGUGUAUGGAGAAUUGAUGAGAUACUCUCAUGAUCUGAAAACUGAGAGAAAAAUGCAUCUUCAGGAAGGGCGAAAGGCUCAGCAGUAUCUGGACAUGUGCUGGAAACAGAUGGAUAAUAGCAAAAAGAAAUUUGAGAGAGAAUGCAGAGAGGCAGAGAAGGCACAGCAAAGCUAUGAACGACUGGACAACGACACCAAUGCAACAAAGGCUGAUGUUGAGAAGGCUAAGCAACAGUUAAACCUGCGCACACACAUGGCUGAUGAAAACAAAAAUGAAUAUGCUGCACAACUACAGAAUUUUAAUGGGGAACAGCACAAACACUACUACAUCGUCAUUCCUCAGAUUUACAAGCAACUUCAAGAAAUGGAUGAAAGAAGGACUAUCAAGCUUAGUGAAUGUUACAAAGGCUUUGCUGACUCCGAGCGCAAGGUUAUUCCAAUUAUCUCAAAAUGCUUGGAAGGGAUGAUCCUUGCAGCAAAGUCAGUUGAUGAACACAGAGACUCUCAACUAGUGAUAGACUGCUUCAAAUCUGGUUUUGAGCCUCCUGGAGAUUUUCCAUUUGAAGACUACAGUCAGAAUAUUUACAGAACUAUCUCUGAUGGAACCAUCAGUACACCAAAGCAGGAGGGAAUGAGAAUUGAUACAAAAACUACAGUCGGCAAGGCUAAAGGAAAGCUGUGGCUGUUUGGAAAGAAACCAAAGCCACAAUCCCCACCCCUAACCCCUACUAGUUUAUACACAUCCAGUACUCCUAAUGGGUCCCAGUAUCCCAUAUUCUCCAUUGAACCAGUGCAUUAUUGCAUGAGUGACAUAAAAACAGGGAAGCCCAGAAUUCCUUCUUUCAGAAGCCUCAAAAGAGGGUGGUCGGUGAAGAUGGGCCCUGCACUAGAAGAUUUCAGCCACCUCCCUCCAGAACAAAGGCGCAAGAAACUGCAGCAGAGAAUUGAUGAACUUAACAGAGAGCUACAGAAGGAAACAGACCAAAAAGAUGCCCUCAUCAAGAUGAAGGAUGUUUAUGAAAAGAAUCCACAGAUGGGCGAUCCAAGCAGUUUGCAACCAAAAUUAACUGAGACUAUGAGCAAUAUGGACCGUCUUCGGAUGGAAAUACACAAGAAUGAGGCCUGGCUGUCUGAAGUUGAAGGUAAAGUCGCCAGAAGCGACAGGCGGCACAGCAGCGACAUCAACCACCUUGUCACCCAGGGCCGAGAGAGCCCUGAAGGCAGCUACACGGACGAUGCCAACCAGGAGGUGCGCGGCCCGCCACAGCAGCACGCUCACCCCAGUGAGUUCGAUGAUGAGUUUGAAGAUGAUGAUCCAUUACCAGCUAUAGGACACUGCAAGGCAAUUUAUCCGUUUGAUGGUCAUAAUGAAGGCACCCUAGCAAUGAAAGAAGGGGAAAUUUUGUACAUUAUUGAGGAGGACAAAGGAGAUGGGUGGACAAGAGCUCGAAGACAUAAUGGAGAGGAAGGCUAUGUGCCAACAUCAUAUAUAGAUGUAACGCUAGAGAAAAACAGCAAAGGUGCAGUAACAUAUAUCUAACAGUAAAACUGGCAGCUCUCAGUUGUACAUUCCCCAGGGAAAAUAGUGGAAAAAUUGUAAGUUAUACAGGCUCAUGGAAAGAAUUACAGAAUCAGAAGUCAGCAAUGAUCUGUUGUUUGCAUGGGGAGUUAGCUGUAGUCCUUUCAGAGAUGACCACAUUAAAUUAUGCAUCUCACAUUGGUCUGCAAUUUUGACCAGUGUCUUCUGCUUUCCUGCUUUAUAAAGCACUAAAUCAAAUUCAGCUAUUGAACUAAAAAAGACAAAGAUUCCUGCUUGUUCUGUGGAAUUCUUAGUUUUUACAGAAACUGAAAAAAUACUUAAGUUUUAAAGAUCUCUAAGAUUUACUGUUCCCACUUUUAUGACUUAAACUAUAUUCUUAAAACAGAGAUCUUUUUCCUCUAAUAACUAACUGAACUCAGUUACUGAAAAUUAUUAAUUUCCUUCCUUAGCAAAUACUUGGCAGCUUUCACUUCUUAAACAGGAAAAUGUUUUCUGAUUCUGAAAGUUCAACAAAAAUACUCAGGAAAAAACAUUAUGAUUAAGAAGGACAGAAAGUCCACUGACCUAUCUCCUUCCUUUUCAGUACUUGUAACGUAGAAUGUUCUGUAUGUGACAUGAUGUCAUUGUUUUAACUCUAGAUACCUUGAACAAACAAAAAAAGAUCACGUGUAAUGCUUGAUGUCUUAAUGGAAACUCUCUGCUCCUGAUAAGGGAAUGAUUUUAUAUUCUUAAUCUGUGUGUGUUAACUAAGUCUUUGAAUUGUAUUGUGUUUAGUCUGAAGACAUUGUCUUAAAUGUACAGGAAUUCUCCUCAUUGUUAAAUCACUGAGGAUUGGAAACUGCAUUGCACAACUUGAUUACUGGGAAAAAAAAAGCUUAUUUUGUAUUUCUAAUGAGAGUUUGUGGAAUUAAGUAGAAGGCUAACUUACAGCCACUGAGAAUGGCCUGUUAGAACUGAGCACGCUUCUCUGUCUUCUAAAGGCCUUCAGUAACUUUGUUCUUUUCUUUUUCCUCUUGGACUGCAGGUUCCUGAAGCGGGUUUCUGAGAAAAUGGGCGAGAUCUUGAAGGAGGUUACAUGCAGCUGCUGGGGGGGUGGGGGUGGGGAGGGGAGGGGUGCUAGACUGGGAGGCCCAAGGGACAAGCUAGUUGCAUGAAUGCAUGCAGACAUACAUUUAGUAGUCACUAACAUCUUAGCAUCUCCAUAUAUAGGUAAGGAUGUAUUACAAAAUCUUCAAUUUGUGCAGGAAAAUAGAGUUCCAUUACCAGAGUAAAAAGGCUACUGCUCCUAAAAUUGCUUUGUUUUCAUUGUCCUAGGUUGUCCUAGGUGCACAAACUAUAUUUUAGCUUGUGCUACGUUUUGAUUUUCUCAAUGAUACUCAUUUCCAAGUCACUUUUAUUGGCAGUCAUUUAGAGCCCUGUGUCAGUUAUCAGUCUGCCUGUGCCACCUCCAUGCUCGCCGUUAACCUCCUCCUGCAUGCCUAGGACACUCAGGCAUGUUCUGUGUAACACUUCGCCAUCAUUGCUCAUCUUGUUUUGUAACAAAUCAUUUUCUUUAAAUAUCUUCAGCACUAGAGUUUCAUCCCAGUAUCCAUGUAUGCUGCUAUAACAAUACCACUGCAACCAUCAUUACAUUCCAGAUGUUUGGCAUAACUGAUAAGCGACUGUAAGGUAUUUUGUUAAUUUGGGGAAAUAAUGCAUCUCAGCUCUAGCCUACAAUGCAAUCAAGAGAAACUUCUAGAACUGUGGUCCACCUUCAGCCCUUCAGUAACCUGUUGUGAGCACUGACAGCCUGGAGCACAACCAGAGGAUUCACCACUGCAAGUUAAUGACUGUUUUCAGAAGUCAACCACUUGCCAUUCAACUGCUGCCUUAAACUAGAGUGCCUAAAUCUGUUGUUUGCCAACACUACCACUUACAGUAUCCCACAAAGGGCUUUGAGUCUCAGCUCUUUCCACAGUGCUGCAGCUGCUGAGGUAGCCACGGUAGGUGUUUUCUAGAGCUCUACUUUACUGGAUACAUGGUGCAUCCAUGACUUUUAUACAUUGAAAUGUGUAUCUCUUCAUUUGACUUUAAUAUUUUUUUAAAAGAUUUUUAUGGAAACUGUCUUUUAGUUUUUCACUAUGACGUUCCAAUUUCAAUUACUGCAGUGCUAGUCCAUUUCCAGGUGAUGCUUCAUUGUAUGGACCAGGUGACAUUUGAGUGAUACUUCGUAAUGAUCUUUGUGCACUUUUACUUGUAAACAAUUGAAAUUUGGAUAUGUUUAUACGUGUAAAUAUAGUUGUCUGCAGUGCCCCUAUUGCUUAUGUUGUCUUGCCUCCCAUUUGUGGUUCUAUUAAUAAGUACAUCAUAUAUGAUUGAUUAGGGUGAUAAGACUUAGACUAGAAAUGUUGGGGGGGAGGGACACUUACAUCAACACAAGCUUGUCAACCCAGCCACCUGCUGUUUGGCAGUGUAUGAUGGAAUAAUAAUUAAAACAUCCUGUUUUUCUGGGGUCUGAAGCAAUAUGUGGAUGCAGCAGUGCUGGAUUCUUUUUCAUUUCAGUGUUAGUAGGAACUGUACUACCAGUAAAACUGAAUUUGAGUGACUUGUGUAGAGGUUUAUUCCUUUGUUAUGUAUACCACUAUUACACAGCUUGACCUAGUGUAUUAUGGGGCCUAUUAAACUCUAAAGUUUAGAUUUUUGGAGCUUGUAUACAGGGUUAUUUAUAUAAUAAUGUGACAUUACUCAAUACUGACAAAACUACUUAGGUAGUUUUUUUGGGUUUGGGCUUUUUGGGGGGGGUGUUGGGAUUGGGAUUUUUUUCUUUUCUUUUUUUUUUUUCUUUUUUAAAAAUUUAGUACUUUUUUAUUUUGGAGAAAACUCAGUGAUCCUUGUGGGUCCCUUCCAACCCAGAAUAUUCUGUGAUUCUGUAAUUCUGUGAAGAGGAAGAAAUGUGAUCUGUGUAUUUUCUGGUUGAGGGCCUGUGGUCUGCCUGGCUAACAGCCUCGGAGGUCAGUAAUAACACUUCCUGGUAAAAGACUAAAUGUUCUUUUCACACUACUGUUUGUUUUUCUGAAACCAGGAUUUGCUUCCUUUGGAGGCAGGUUGCUUUCAAGAGGGAUAGUGCAACUUGUAUGAGGGUUAUUAAACAUAGGAAAAAGCAUUUGUACUUGCACAGCUUAUAAAUCACUUACUCUAAAAUUCUGAACGUGAGUUGUCUUAAAGAAUCAAACAUUUUCCAGUAAUUUUUUAAUCCUUUUUUGUGCACAUGUUGAUUUCCUAAAUGUUAAAUGCUUUGUUUAAAAAUAGUGUUCUCUGUUGAGAAUAUUUUCAUGGAAUAAAAAAAUCUUUUCAUGGUCUAAGUAA